GAUGGGCUCGGCGGCCUCCGGGGUCGGCACCAUGAGCUCCAUUGGGACCGGGUAUGACCUGUCAGCCUCCACGUUUUCUCCUGAUGGAAGAGUCUUUCAAGUUGAGUAUGCUAUGAAGGCUGUGGAAAACAGAGCUAUUGGGAUCAGAUGUAAAGAUGGUGUUGUGUUUAGGGUAGAAAAAUUAGUCCUUUCUAAACUUUAUGAAGAAGGCUCCAAUAAACGACUUUUUAAUGUUGAUCGACAUGUUGGAAUGGCAGUCGCAGGUCUGCUGGCUGAUGCUCGUUCCUUAGCAGACAUAGCAAGAGAGGAAGCAUCCAACUUUAGAUCUAACUUUGGCUACAACAUUCCUCUCAAACAUCUUGCAGACAGAGUGGCCAUGUACGUACACGCUUAUACACUCUACAGUGCUGUUAGACCUUUUGGCUGCAGUUUCAUGUUAGGGUCUUACAGUGCGAAUGACGGUGCACAGCUCUACAUGAUUGAUCCAUCUGGUGUUUCAUACGGUUAUUGGGGCUGUGCCAUUGGCAAAGCCAGGCAAGCUGCAAAGACUGAAAUAGAAAAGCUUCAGAUGAAAGAAAUGACUUGCCGUGAUGUAGUUAAAGAAGUUGCAAAGAUAAUUUAUAUAGUACAUGAUGAAGUUAAGGAUAAAGCUUUUGAACUAGAGCUCAGCUGGGUUGGUGAAUUAACUAAAGGAAGACAUGAAAUUGUUCCAAAAGAUAUAAGAGAGGAAGCAGAGAAAUAUGCCAAGGAAUCUUUGAAGGAAGAAGAUGAAUCAGAUGACGACAAUAUGUAACAUUUUCUUCACUAUCUCUCCUGCUUAACAUUUCUGUGACAGUUUCAUAUGACUAGCACCAUGGAUCAUAUAUACCCACUGACCAAUUUUCAUUAAAUUUUUGUCUUAUAAAAAAAAAAA